AUGAAGCUCUCAGCGACACCUUCUUUAUAUCCCUUCCCCAUCCCUGGAUCUCUUCCUCGUCCUCCUUAGAAAUGGAGAGUUUUUGGGCAUUUCUCUUCUUCUUCUUCAUCUCCUUCCCUCAACUCUUACAGUUGCAGGCUUCCUCGGAUUACAUUCGACCACCUGCAGGGAACAUUAUAUUCACUUCACACAAAGGGUCAGAAUCUGACCCACAACAGGUUCAUGUAUCACUAGCGGGAAGUGAUCAUGUGAGAGUUUCAUGGAUUACAGAAGAUAAAAAGGUUCCUUCAUUAGUUGAAUAUGGAAAAAAAUCCGGAAAAUACGAGGAGUUGGCAAUCGGAGAACAUGAAGCAUAUGAUUACUUCUUGUACAAGUCCGGCGAGAUCCAUCAUGUGAAGAUCGGACCUUUGGAUCCCAGCACCACCUAUUACUAUCGUUGUGGUGGAAGAGGCCAGGAGUUCAGCUUCAAGACACCCCCACCCACCUUCCCUAUUGAAUUCGCUGUUGCAGGGGACCUAGGACAAACAGAUUGGACGGCAUCAACGCUAGCACACGUGGGCGCAGAAGACUACGACGUAUUCUUACUCCCCGGAGAUCUAUCCUACGCGAAUGGCCAACAACCCCUCUGGGACUCCUUCGGCCGCUUGGUCCAACCAUAUGCGAGCCAACGGCCAUGGAUGGUGACCCAAGGAAACCACGAGGUCGAGAGCAUUCAGAGCUCUGAGAUUGAGAUGGAGCCCUUUAAGUCCUACAAUGCCAGGUGGCGCAUGCCCUUUGUGGAGAGUGGGUCCACCUCUAACCUCUACUAUUCCUUCGAUGUAGCCGGAGUUCACAUCGUCAUGUUGGGUUCUUACGCUGCGUACGCUACUGGAUCGGACCAAUAUAAGUGGCUCCAAGUUGACUUGGCAAAGGUUGACCGGAAGAGAACACCAUGGCUCGUCGUUAUACUUCACGCCCCUUGGUAUAACACUAACACUGCCCAUCAAGGAGAGGGAGAGAGAAUGAGGAAAGCCAUGGAACCCUUACUCUAUAAGGCGCGAGUUGACAUUGUUUUUGUUGGACAUGUUCAUGCCUAUGAAAGAUUUACGAGGGUGUACAACAACACGGCCAACCCAUGCGGUCCUAUGCAUUUGACCAUAGGGGAUGGGGGAAACAAAGAAGGACUUGCUUUAAACUUUAAGGAACCUUGUUCUCCUCUUUCGGUGUUCCGGGAAGCAAGCUUUGGGCAUGGCCGAUUCAAGGUAUUCAACCAAACUCAUGCACAUUGGUCAUGGCACCGUAACAAUGAUUCGGAAUCAACGGUUGUGGAUGGGGUGUGGCUUCAAAGUCUCAGCGUGUCUAGUGUUUGUACCAAAUCUUCUUCUUCUACCAAAGAUGAACUUUAAAGCUAAUGUAAUCAACUUUUGGAUACCAUAGUUAUUUUUUCUCUUCCUAAGAAAUGCAUGUCCUAAAUA